AUGAUACCGACCGAACUCAACCCUUUGGCAGCUCUGCCCUAUGAGCUAAUCAGAGAAAUAUGCUUGAACCUCGAUAAAACUUCUCUCAAGUCCCUACGUCUAGCGUAUCCUCAGCCGAAAUUACGCGCCGCUACUGCUAAACUGCUCUUCCAAACGAUCGAACUACGUCUUGGGACCUUAGAAUGGAGUUUUGCUGGUGCCAAAUCUCGACUUUCGCACUUAGAUGGCCUCUCCUUUUCUAGCAAUGAAUCAUUCGAUCAUCCGUUGGCGCUAUGCAAGAAGCUCUUGAUCGAUACGCGAUACCCGUGGGUUGUGACGCCAGAAGGUUGCAUCAAGGCGAACCAGGUACCCCACGACAGGGUUCCCCAUGACGCUUGGCUCGAACAACGGAGGAUGUUUGAUGACUUGAUGGUUUUAAUACCGGAGAAACAAAGAACGGAGUUCGUAGAUUUGGUUGGUGGAGUUCUUGCUGCCACGAGAAAUCUACGAACUGUAGAAUGGCGGACGACAUCGAGUUUACCUAUCCAGAUUCACCAAGGAAUCUCUUCACUUCUCUGCAAACCGAUCGAUACUCGGGGCUUUCUCCUUGACGUAGCUAUCUCAGUAAGCACGUUCUCCGAUAAAUGCGAAUACCUUGAUGCUCUAUCCAACGUCCAAUACGUGGCUAUUAAGGUUGUGGGUUCGGGUCCUCAUCGCGGAGACCACCAUGGCCUUGAGGAAAUGCGAGAAGCAGGCGAGGUAGUGAAGCGAUGUCCCGAUAUCAAAGGAUUUGAGUUUUACUCCCAAGCUCCCGUUUUUGCGUAUGCGACAUCCGAUGCUUUGAGGGACGCUCUAAGAGACCUUGAUGGUCUUGAGGUAUUUAAAGUUGAUUCGAACUUGGGAUUCACCCACGAGAUGGAUUGGACAAGCUUGAAAGAUGUGAAGGACCUUUGGAUUUCUGUUGAGGGAUCUGUGACACAUAAUGAGGACCUCGAGGAGCUUUAUGACGGUCUUAAAACAGUUGGGACUCGUCUUAACAAGCUAUCUGUUGAAUCAUACAUUCGACCAACCCACAACUACCUCCUACAACACUGCAGUCCCCUAACAGAACUUGAGAUUUGGGGAUAUUGGUACGGGAUAAACCAAGACCUUGUACACGCCUUCUGGGACGAAAUAAUCCCUAGGCACGCACCGACCUUAAGGAAAUUAAAAGUCCAGAAUCACGCACAGUCGGAGAACAAGAGCUGGAGUUGGUUGAACAAAUCGGAUAACAAGGCUAAGGCGUCUCUGCCCAAAUGCAAAGAGUUGGAAGAACUUACUAUUGGAUUCUGCGAGGGGACCCUUACAUCAACAAGCUGGGUGACCGAAAUGGUCGAGGACCUUGUACCGGCUUGCCCUCGUUUAUUCGACAUACAUAUGACAUUCGAGUUAGGCGACUCAAACCUUCUUGCUCAACAUGUGAAAUCGACGCUGACGAGCCUAGACGCUUGGUCAUCCACCAGCGAAAUCUUCAACGGACGGUCUUUAAGACUAAGCCAUGAAGAUAUUAGCAAGGGAGUAGUUUGUUUCCCGAAGCAAAGUAAACCCGACGCCAUACCCCCGCUUUGGUAUGAAAGCCUUCUGCAAAGUUGGGAGUUGUCGAGGGCAAUUAGUCAGGCGGAAGACGGAACUGCAGACCAGACGGUGUAUAGGUUCGAACGACUAGACGACUUUUAUCUCUCGAAUGAGAGAUUGGUACAACCCGCCCCGAGGGACGAGGUCGAUGAUGAAGACGAUGAUGAUCCAGCAUUCGCUGCGGACGAUGCUGAGGCAGAAGACGAUGCUGGGGCAGAAGACGGGGAAGCGUGGUAUUCAGAUGACCCUGAUCUUUAUUGA